ACUGCAGGCCUGGGAUGGCGACUGCUCCAUGCAGAGUCUGCACAGCACAAUGCAGCCACCAUAAAGUGGUUUCGGCAACCGAAGCAGCUAAAUUCCAGCUAACUCACCUGCUUCCAAACAACCAGCAAUGCCUCUGUUCACAGCACAGCAGGGUCACUACUGGUCGGAGCUACUCUGUUUGGGGUCCUAGAACUCAAGAUUAAUGUACAGCUAGUUCAGGAACUGGAGAAAUGGCCACUACACAAUCUGUCUUCACAUUUGCUCUCUGCAUUUUAAUGAUAACGGAAUUAAUUCUGGCUACAGAGAGCUAUUAUGAUAUCUUAGGAGUUCCAAAAAACGCCUCUGACCGCCAGAUUAAGAAGGCAUUUCACAAGCUGGCUAUGAAAUACCACCCUGACAAAAAUAAGAGUCCUGGAGCAGAAGCGAAAUUUAGAGAAAUUGCUGAAGCAUACGAAACAUUGUCAGAUGAGAAUAAACGAAGAGAAUAUGAUCAGCUUGGUCGUCACGGAGGAAGAGGAAGCAGUGGAAGUCCAUUCCAUCAGUCAUUUAAUUUCAACUUUGACGAUCUCUUCAAAGACUUUGACCUGUUUAGUCAAAACUCGCGGUCAAAAAAGCACUUUGAAAAUCACUUCCGAGGCCAUCGGGAGGCUCAUAACCGGCAAAGACGUUCUUUCCAAGAGUUUUCUUUUGGAGGUGGACUGUUUGAUGAUGUGUUUGAAAAUAUGGAGAAAAUGUUUUCCUUCAGUGACUUUGAAAAUGCACACAGACAUGCGGUGCGAACUGAUGCCAGGUUUCAUGGAUCCAGCAAGCACUGCAGGACUGUCACUCAGAGACGAGGAAACAUGGUUACCACAUACACCGACUGCUCUGGACAAUAAUGUUUCCUUUCUUCUAAACUUUUCUUCUUUACUCAGCAUCUUCAUAGUCUUUCUUGGUUUUGUGCUAACAUGGAAGAAAUUCUCUGAACUGUAUUUUCUAAAAAAACACUUAAACUGCUAUAAAGAAGUUGUAGAUGAAAUUAAUCUUCAGAAUAGAAACAACAUGCUGUUGGGAAGUAAAUGUGUCAACAACUACUUAGAAUGGGAGAGAAAUAAUCUCAUGUGACAGAAAAAAUUAUAUAUAUAUUUCAGAUUAGUAAACACUUUCCCUGAAUUUGAACACAAGAUAUAUAUUUUUCAUUUCAGAAAUGUAAUAUAAUUUUUUUCAUGUAAGCCAAUUCAGGACUGAUUGAAUUACUUGUGUGUGGAUUGAAGCAGAGGAGAUACUUUAAUUUUGAUGUGCUGCUUUUUUUUUAAUCAUUUCUUUCCAAUUUUGCACUUGCAGCUUUUACCUGAUGCAGAUUUACUGUGCAAAUUACAUAAUUUACACAAAAUAGCAGCAGAAAUAUAACUUCCUUGGGUCUUUGUUACUCUCUCUAGCAUUGCAAAAGUAUUAGUAAAAACCUUGCUUUUUGAAGUUGGAAAAUAGGAAGGGAAUGUGUGAAGACUGUGAGUGAUGUAGGAAUUAGUUUGAUUUCUGAAUUGGCCUGAAACGAUCUUAGGAUUUGAAUAACCCUUGACUUAUUUAGGGAACAUAGGGAUAUUCAUGUAUGUAAAUUUGUGUGCACACAAAGUUCUUGUUUUGGUUUUUUUUUCCCACUCCUUCCACAACACAAAUAUCUCUCUGGCAAGAUUUGGAAGGGCACACCCAAAACACUCUGGUUUUAUUCUUACUAUAUUACCACGUGUGUGCAAUGUACUUUUUGUAACUCACUUUAUGGAACUAAAAUAUCCCUCUGAGAUCUUAGGAACUUCAAUAGGGUAAGCUUGUCUACAGAUUCAUGGUGUUCCUGAAAGGGCUUUAGUAAAAGCUACAGUGUUUAGAUUGGCAGAUUGAUUACCUGUCAGCAGGAAUUUUUUCAGUGUUGUGAUUUGAGAGGUAGAUUCUUAGCCUAACUGCAGAGUAAAACUGAAGAUUGCAGUCCUUGUAUUCAUCCAAUGCCUUGUGGGGCUGGAAGCUUCUAGUAAGGGCAGCACUAAUGGGUAUUGAUUUUAGCACCAUGGAAACUCACAACCAGUAUAAGCUACUUCAAACUAAAAAGGAAGAAAAAACCACCAGAAAAUGCUGCACAACAAAAUCCCCAAAUACUUCAGCUGAUGCCAAUCAAAGAGUUCUGUUGUAGCUUAGUUUAACUAGUAUCUUCUGUUUGACUAGUCAUACAGGUUCAGUUUGUUAAAUUGGUUGUCCAUUUAGAACUGGGAAGUAAGAGUUUACCUUUCAGGUUGAUUGCAUGAGCAAAAUAAGCAUUUUAACUAGCAGUGUUCUAAAUAGGCUUUGCCUUCUUAAAAUCUUUAUUAAGAGGUUUAACCCUUUGCUUCUUGGAUAGAUAUUGAAAGCUGCCUAUUUGUUAAGGAACUUUGGCCUUCCCCUCCAGUGUACAUAUUAUCACUUGUUUUCAUUGCCUAAUCCUUGGAAUGGAUUGUUGCGCUAUAUUAAGUGCUUUUCCUUUUCCGUGUUCUUCUUUAUUUAUUAAUAGACUAAUACCUCAUAUAUGGUCUUUUAUUAAAAGCCAGUAAUUUGUGCAACAUUAUCGGAAUGUGCAAUAUUCUUACAGUAAGAAAAGUGAUGGAUUGAGUGUGCUUGUUUUUUUCACCCUUUUCUGUGUAAGUAGAGAUUUUUGUUUCUUCUGUACAAUUAAUAUAUGAUUCAAGCAAAAGUUGUACUUUUCUGUAGAUUUCUGCAUUUAUUUUCUUUAACAUACUCAAUUAGUCCUGCGCAUUCAUUAAACUGUCUGCCCAGUUUAUAUCAUAUGGGCAUCCAAGUGAACAAAUUAUUAACUUGAAGUUAUGAAUUACUUUCUCUCACAAAGAUUAAGUAUUAAACAUGAGAGUAUUUGUGAAUGUCCUUUGGUGGGAGGCGACUCUAGAAGUGGGAUGCACAGGUAAAAUAUUAAUGCCUUUCUUAGUUGACUGAAUAUUUUCUUAAUUAAAAAAAAAAUAAAAGGAAAUAGUAGAAUGAGCAAUUCACUUAGGUCCCUUCCUGAACUCUGAAUUAAAGGGAGUGAAAACUAAAAUGAACACUAUCAAUUGUACGAAACACAUUUCACCCCCAAAACUCAAGUCUUUUAAGUGACUAUAAAAGUCCACAAUCUUUCAGGCUAAACUUAAGGGUGAAAAUAAGGGUCCUGGCUGCUUCUGGACUAGUUUCCCCUCUUUUAAGAAUGCUCCAAACUUAGUACAAAGUGUACAUGUUUUCCUGAUCUCUUUAAAGUGUAAGUAAGUAUGAAACUGAUAAGAAAACCAGUAAUGUUGCUAUUUUUAUAGCUGAUCCACCUUAAAAAAACUUCUGCCUAGUCUACUUUAACUUGCUUUCAUAUUAUUUCUCUUAAUUACUUGUCAUGGGAAAAACAACAAAUGCUUUCUAUUAUUUCUAUAUGGGCUUCUCCAAGUCAGGUGACUUGGUUGUUUUUGUUGUUGAUCCAAGGUCAAAUCCGCAGAAACCAGUGUAUGGCUGUUCCUGUGGUUGAUGGGUUUACUUGGAAUAGGCCUUAGCUGGGGAAAUUCGGGCAGGCUUUCCUCAGCCAAGAGUCUUCACUUUCAUGGCCCUCAGAGCACAAGCUUGCAAAACAUGUUGUGCUUCUCACUUAUUCGGAGCUCUUGCACAUUCUUUCCCUAUUUAUAGUGUUUGCUUCAUGGCAGGCUCCAGCGGAAGUCCUGGUAUAACCUUAUGACAUCCCUGACUUCAGAGUUUCUUAAGUGCCAUUUUUGAUCUCUCUUCAAAUCUUAUGAAAAUACUCAACAAAAUCAGUUUUUGUUAGACAAGGGUGAAAAAUAAAAUCCUGAUCAAUUUUUGAAAGUAAUUUAUGCAUAUGUAACUCCAAAUGAUUUAAUUUUUAAAACUACCAUCAAAGUGGUUUUUUAUGUUUGUUUUCUUCCCAUUAUACUUUUGCAACACAAUAUCUAGUGGAGAUAAAAGUACUGUAAAGUUAAUUAGAGUGCCAUUACAUUAAACACGUGAAAAUUAA